AUGAUCGAUCCAGUUACUGACAAACGCUGGUCUACCCGUUUCACGGACCGAGACGUCGGCUUGCUUCUCAUUUUAGGUCUUUCUAUCAUCACCCUGGCAGUCAAUCUUGCCAUAACAGUUUGGGUGGCUGCGAAGCAUGGUGUCAAGGACAACAUCAGCGACAUUCUUGGGGCCGAUACCGGAUAUGACUGCGCAAGCGUCAAAAAUUGGAACAGAUGGCUUCAUUUUGGCAUCAACGUUCUUCCAACGUUAUUACUAAGUGCCAGUAAUUAUUGCGCUCAGCUUCUAGUCGCUCCUACGAGAAAAAAACUUGAUGAUGCACAUCAGAAACAGAGAUGGUUCGAUAUCGGUAUUCAGAGUUUUAGAAACUUGAGGAAAGCUCCGUUGCAACAUAAGUUACUAUGGUUCUCGUUAAUGCUAAGCUCGGGGCUGCUGCACUUGUUUUGGAACUCAGCAGUCUUUUCUACGACUCCGUUUAAUACGUACUCGACAGGCUACGUGACUGCAGACUACUUGAACGAUCCACAACCUUGGCUCUUCCCCGAAAAUCCUGAUCUCGACUACAUACGACAGAAUGCAUUGAACCUUCCGAAACUGAACAACAAGGAAUGCAUAGCUAGGUAUGCUGGGAGGUUGGCUGGUCUCAGUAGCUUAUUGCUGGUCAGUGCCAAUGUGACCAUGGACCAUCAACUAUCAUACGAACAGAGCAACAACCGCUCAUCUCUCUUAUUCAACGCAACCACGGUUUCAUCGGCAAUCUUCUGGCGUAUGAAUAGUGACUGGAUGUGCAAUAAGUGGAAUGUUCCCAACCGUGUCAGCUGUACACAAAAGACUAUGAGGUCUCCUUAUGAAGAUACCUGGACAUUAGUGAGAUUUCAGUUCGACGCCAACAUAACACACGACCCAAGUGAUGACAUAUGGACCAAAGUGGACCAUUGCCUCCCCCGAGACGAGCUGCGCAACAUGGACGACAAAUGUACAUUACGUGUCAGCAAAGUGAUUCUGAGCAUAGUCACCUUUCUGAAUAUGAUAAAAUGCGUUAUCUUCAAACCAAAAACAUUGUCGGCGGGUGACAAAUCCCUCUAUAUCGUUACGUUAGGCGAUGCAAUAGCCAGCUUCCUUCAGCAUGGUGACAACGAAACGAAAACAUGCGGCCUCGCGGGUAGCAGAGACUUUGAUAGGAGAUGGCCUUCGCAUGUUUCAGGGUCUCAGCUUCCUUCGAUCCGCUGGCUUCAUGCAGCAAGUUGGAAGCGUUGGUUACUGACAAUAUGCGUGAUUACAAUCGGUACCGUCAGCUUCCUGCUUUAUAUGACCAUAGCCGCUCAACAAAAGCAAGGUGUAGACACUGACAUAGCCUCACUUGCAAGCUACGGCCUAGGAAUACCACAACAGUUUGCUACAGCACUUACAGGCGUCACCGAUGCGCUUGGUCCGACCAAAGGCUUCUUCUUCUCAGUGCUCUUCGCGAAUAUGUUCCAAGCUAUCGUCAGCGCGCUCUACCUUCUCUGCAACAAUUUGCUGACUGUUAUGGUUGUUGCGGCAGAAUGGAACGCCUACAGCUUUCGGCGUAAGGCACUCAGAGUUUCGGCCCCAAAGGGGAUUCAGCGCUCUUCCUUCUUCCUCUCACUUCCCUACAGAUACUCUGUCACUCUCAUGGUACUAUCUGGUCUGUUGCACUUCUUCAUAUCGCAAAGCGUGUUCGUAGUACAGACAGUCGCAUACCUGCCCAGGUACGAUCCACAGCGAUUUAUCCGAGCCCCGGUUUUGGAUGUUUCCUGUAUCGGCUUUUCCAGUUUGGGCAUUAUUCUAGCGCUAACAACUGGACUUGUGCUUGUUGUGUACCUUGCACAGGGGGCUGCUGCUGAGCUGUUUCGCAUGCCGUUAGUCAGCACGUGCAGCGCUGCAAUCAGUGCAAACUGCCACGCUCAUCCAGCUGAUACAGAUUGCAGUUUCCUCCCUGUUCAAUGGGGGUAUGUGACCGACGGGACUGACGCGAAUGGAGGACGAUAUACUUUGACGACUGAUGUGAGUGUGAGGCCUUUCUCCUGA